AUUUCGAUUGUGAAGUUUGUGCACUUAAGAACUCAGUAGUUGUUGUGUUAAAUAUAUUUAAUAUUAGUGAAAGUCCUUGAUAAAAAAAAUUACCAAAUGGAUUCAGUGGCGAUAUGGUUGGAAGCAGAUGAAGGCCAAGUGGCGGAACGAGUGCAAUUGAGAGCGCUUAGGGAUAAGGCCAACAUAUUCACUCUCAAUGAUAAAUGUUUUACGCAAAAUUUCCGCCUAAACAAGCAAGCGUUUCGGUACGUGCUAAAUGCCAUUACGCCGGAGUUAAGUACUCCUCGAAAAUCCACAGCAAUUCCGCCCAUUAUUAAGCUGGCCGCCGCACUGAAAUUAUUGGGGCAAGGAGGUUACCAACACCAAAUUGGCCAAGACCAACACGUAGGCCUUUCUCAGCAGUCAAUGUCACGCUGCCUUAUUGAAGUGUGCAAAGCCAUUGAGAAAACGCUUUGCCAACAACACAUUAAUUUUGCAAGUACGGACGCAGAGGAAACAGAGGCGAAAUUAUACUUCUAUGAAAAGUGUGGCAUUCCGGGCGUGUUGUUUGCAAUAGAUGGCACACAUAUACAAAUGAUAAGACCAACAAGGAAUGAGCAUUUGUACUACAAUAGAAAACUGAAGCACAGUAUGAAUGCAAUGGUUAUGUGUGACCACAAGAUGAGAAUUAGAGCUGUUGACGCGCGAUACGGUGGUGCAUGCCAUGAUUCCCAUGUAUGGAACCUGUCCAGUGAGAGAAGGGCUUUAAAAGCUCGUUUUGAUAAUGGCGAGAGAGGGAUAUGGAGUCUUGGCGACUCAGGAUAUCCAUUGGAACCAUGGAUGUUAACUCCCUAUCGUAAUGCCGCCGAAAAUUCAGCGGGAGGCCGGUUUAAUCACUGCCAUGCCAAAGGACGGUCAAUCAUCGAACGAGUAUUUGGAAUAUUGAAAGGAAGGUUUCGAUGUCUUUUGGCAGCACGCGAGCUGCAUUAUACUCCGCAAAAGGUUUCAGCUAUAAUGAACGUUUGCUGCGCUUUGCACAACAUUUGUCUGCAAUUUAAAGCUGAGCUGCAACCUUCAGAAGUUUUUCCCACAGAAGAUGUACAUUUAUUAGAAACUGUGAAUAUGGUGGAAGCGGACAGUAGUACAGCAAAUAUUUCUAGGAACUUAAGAGAUGAAAUAAGAAACAGUUUAAUUGCAUAGGUGUAGCAAAAUAUUUUAUUAAUUCAAGUGUGUGUAUACAUAGUAGCUCAAAAUCAAAUCAUAAAGUGAUAUUUUAACAAUAUUCGCAAUGUUUUUAAUUCUGAAACUUUUUUGUAAAUAUUUUAAAAUAGUAUAGCUGAUUAUCUAAAAAAAUCGUAUAAAUCUAAGUUGUAAACUUGUGCCAAAAUUAGGAAAUAUCAACAAAUUUUCAUACAAAUUGCCAACUUUUUUACUAGAAUUUCUUGACAAAAAUUUGGCCUGUUAAACUUAAAUAUAAUGUGGAAGUUCUAAGUCCAUAAAAAAUUCCGUUGAUUUUUGAUAACUUUCUUUGCUGACGGUCUUGGACAUUUUUUU